AUGUCGCGGGCAGCCUUGUGGAUGGUGUGCGCAGCGCUCUGUGCUGCUGGGGCUGCCUCUGCAAGGAUUGCGGACUUCGACAUGGAUCAGGGCGACCUGCGUGCUAACGCCUCUGGAGACGCCUGGUCUGCAUCGGGCGCGAAGUACAAGUGCGGGACCAUCCAUACUCCUCUGGACGCUUGCUACCCCAGGGCGAAGAAGGGCGGUCUGAUGAGUUCUGCGAGUGCGGCAUGCUCGGUAACGUGCACGAAGGGAUUAUCGUGCAAUUGCCCGGUAAAGGGAGAGAGCUGCACCAGCAUGUUCUCGAAGAACCCGGGCCUGAUCUAUGUUGGAGGGAUGAUUUAG